UUUAACAACCACACACUGUGUGCUGUUAUUGCUUUAGACGGUUUAUGGUUUUUUUUGUUUGGUUCAUAACUUCUUGUUUGGUUCUUGGAAGAGUGAGAGAGAAUUGGAGAGAAAGUGCUUCCAGAUGCUUAAUCAAGGAAGCCACUAUUGAGCAAUAAGCAGUUUUUCCGCCCUUUCUUUAAAUAAAAUAAGGGAACCAAAUGGGAAAUUUAUGUUUCUCUUUUGGGCUCCCAAAUUAUCAUUGAAGUUUUUGCUUAAAAUUUUUUUCUUUCCUGUUUUGCACACAUUUCCAUCAAUGAAGCUUUUGAAUUUUGAUAGUCCCUUGGUGUAAUGUAUAAUUAUACAUCAAUUUUCUUCCUUAUCUUUUAAUUUAUAUUUAGCAUUUCAUGGCUUCCUUCUGGAAAAAUCUUGAGCUUCUAUUGUUCUGCAUCACAGAGAGGAGCAAGUAAUUGAUGAGGUUUAAAUGUCAUGGACUGACCCCAUUCAAUGUCUUGGAGAAUCAAUCUCGUUUGGAAGGUAUAUGUCAGAAUCCUUGGCCUGGGAAAAAUGGUCAACCUUCUCUCACAAUCGUUAUUUAGAGGAAGCUGAGAAGUUUUCCAAGCCAGGUUCUGUUGCUCAGAAGAGAGCUUAUUUUGAAGCUCAUUACAAGAGAAAAGCUGCAGAAAGAGCAGCAGCAUUGGUUGAGGAAGCAAAUGCAGCGGCUUGUAAUGUUUCUGAGUCAGAAACUAGCGACAAACAUCAUAAUGACUCUUUCAUGGAUUCAGAGUUGGUGGAAGCAGACAGCCGCAAGGCCGUUGAUGAACCACAUGUGGAAGAUGCUCCUAAUGCUGCAAUAUGUUAUUCUGCUGAAAUGAAUGUAUGUAAUCCUAAUGUUGAAGAAUUGGAAACAACAAAGGUGGAAGCAGCUGAGGCUGUAAUGGUAGAAGGUGUUGAUGUGGAGGAUUCUGCUCUGGUUGAAAAUAUAGACCAAAUUGAAAAAGUUGAAGACCACCACAAGAUUAUGACCACCCAAGAAGAGAAGAAACUCAAUAAGGUAGCUCCCAGUAAGGAGAUUCCUGCUUCACCAAGCAAGAAAAGACAAGCGAAUUUUUCUUCGAAGCUAUUAACUCGACCUUCCAAGCUCCCAGUCUCUCCUUCCAAACGAAUGAUUUCUAUGCCACUAAGAAACAGAAUUAAUAGUGUGGCAGAGUGUGAGAGGACAGCAGGAGAUCUAGUUGACAAAAAGAGAUUAACUGUAAAAUCACUUCACAUGUCAAUCAAUUUUGCAUCUCGUACUGGCAAAACAAGUAAAACAACUCCUGUUUUUCAAGAGGUUGGAAGUGCAAGAAGUGAUGAAAAUUUGUUUGACACAUCCCAAGACAGUUCAACUCCUGAACGAACUUCGACUAGGGCAUCUGUAAAUAAGUUAAUUAAGCAACCUUCAGUAAAGCUCCAGCCAGAAGAUCGAAGGACUAGGACACUACUUAACAAGUCAAUUUCAGGAGGAAUAACAGAGGAUGGGAAAGAGCACUCUCUCUCUAUGGACUGCUCAAAACCAUCAAAUGCAAGUGGAUUUAAAGCUCGAACUCCUACUAUAUCCUCUCCGUUUACUUUCAGGAGUGAAGAAAGAGCAGCAAAACGCAAAGAGUUCUUUCAGAAGUUGGAAGACAAAAUAAAUGCCAAGGAGUCAGAAAAAGUGCAGCCACAAACCAGGCCUAAGGAGAAAUCACACUUUGAUAUCAAAAAUUUGCGACAGAGUACUGAUUUUAAAGCCAAACUGAAUGAAGAUUUAAAUCAUAGAUCACAAUCACUGAGCAAUCCCCCAAAGAAGAUCUCAUUGAGACAGCCUCGAUCACCAAAUCUCAGAAGAAAGCCAGUUCCCAGCCCAGUCCAGGAUUCAAGCUCUCGGCCUCCUCGAAUACCUCUAGUCAGAAAUGGUAACUCUAAGCGUGUUACAGAAAAAUUUGAUAGAACCACAUACUGUUCAGUCACUUCACUACCUAAGAAGAAUGCACAUGAGAAUGCUUCUCCAAAUAUUCAGCAUUAAGUAUCAAAAGAGAGCAGAUUGUUUCAUAUAAGCAUAUUAUUGGACAUCCUGACAACCCGGACCUAUCCUUGUAAUUACGUAUUAUGGAGAGAGUGAUAAGUGAAAUGGGAUUCACCUGAGGGAGGAUAUCAAUGCAAAGUUAGUGUUUUGUGUUGAGAGCUUCUAAUAAAAUCAGUGAUAAGUGAAAUUUUGUAGCAGUUUUUCCAGUACUUUUUUCUUUGUAAACAUGUAGGAGAUAAGCACUAUGAUGCACGGACGCAGCAAAAUAGGUGCCCCACCUGCGUCCGACGUGGCCCAACACGGCGACAAGCGAGUGACGCUGUUGCUCGCGCGUCGGUGUCACGUUUGAGGUUUUUUUUUUUUUUUUUUUUAAUGGAUUUGUGCCAACUUGGCUCUGAUUUGCGCCGAACCGGGCCAAUUUAGCCAAAACUGGGUUGUAUCGGCUGGCGGCCAAAACAGGUUGAAAUCGGCCUUGAAUCAUCCUAGAACAGUCGAAAUUGGCUUUGAAUGAGACCCAAACAUUCUAAAUCUGUCCUUCCUCAAUUUUAUUUUGAAUAUUUGUUGCUUCUUUUU